AUGCGGAACGGCUCUUCUUUUCAGGAUGUUCUCCGUUCGUUUGACCUAAGUGCUCUUAAUGACGGAGCACUGGCACUGGGAUACAUAUCUGGCAAAGUGCGUCUAUCCAAGGCAGUUGCAGAUCCCGAUAUAAAGCAUUUGAAGAAUUCUGCUGAACUUAUCAGUGAUAUUCCCAAGCCCGUCAUAUUUCUCAAUUACAGUCCAGUAACAGAGGAGCAUCUUGCUGCAUGUUUUGAAGGAGGGCGAUCCCAGGAUUAUACGGCAUGUGUCUACGAUAUCAAUAGACCGAAACCACGUGUUUUUUGUUGGAACUCUGCAGAAAGUGUGGCUGAUUCCACAUGGUUCAAGUAUGAUUUUGCUUUUCAGCAAUACGUGGUGCAUUAA